AUGGCACGGAUCUUUGAACUCGAGGCUUUCGCGACGACAAGAGUAUAUGUUUGGCAAUCUUGCUAUUUGCCUGCUCGUGCCUACCUCAUUUCAGUCCCUGUCGACUGGGAAGGAGCUCGAGGCCGGGGGUCCCUGACAGUUGACGCUUAUCUUAUCACACACCCAGCCGAUUGGCUCGCCCCGCAAAACCACCUAACAAUGGGAAUCAACGGUCGCAUUUGUGCUUUCCAUCACGCCUCGACUAUCCACCGCAGCGCAAUUCGAUCUACCGCCACCGACACUGGACCUCCUGAACCUCUGCCAAUUACCAUCGGCAGUAAUUGGACGAGAGACAUCAUGGGGAAGCGCCGUAGAAAUCGCGACGAAGGCGGAGAGGGUGCCAUUGUCGCCUCCGAUGAUGUCCCCGUAAUAACCUCCCAGAUGGACGAAGCGACUGCCGAAGCCGAGACAGGAAAUGGCGAAAACAGUUCUCGGGAGAGUUCCUCGAAUACUCAAAGUAGUGGCAGCUUGAAGAGAAGUGCUCCUGGCGAUGAUGACGAAGGAUGGACCAAAGUCGAGCGAUCCAGCAAGAAACGCAAGAAGGUCCCCCGCGAGGGCUCCAACAACUAUCCCGCAAUUACCUUCUCCACGAGCGCAAAGCUGUUUUCCAAGAUCAACCUUGCUAUGCUUCGCGACCUUGUCUUGUACAUAUUCGCUGAUGGAACGGGCCCGAACUGGGUUUCUGUCUCUCACCGACCAAACUUCAGAAAGAUUGUUGUGUUGAUGGUGCCUGGAUUGGAGGAGGCCAUGUUCAAGGAGGGGGUGAAUUUUGACAAUUACACAUCUGGCCCAGCUAGGAACCAGGACCGGACGGAAACGACGCCCGACGAUUACUACCCACGAGCUCUUACUGCAGACCAGCUGCCGGUUGCGCUGCAGGGAUUUGCCAAAAUGUUCCCCCACUUAUGGCCUGUCAAGGCACCUGGUGACGACAAGUACAUGAAGCUUCACUCACCCAUGGGAACGUUUUUGACGGCACCGAUGCCUAAGAACAAGGACGACAGAAAGGGCCCUAAACCGGCAAGAGAGCCUUCGGGAUGGAAGAAUGAGCGAACCCGUAUUACCGAGUUCCUCGCAUCACUCGAAGAGCUCGAGACUGCUGGCCAUCUCAUCCACCCAGCACUCAUCGAGAACGAGGAGAGGAAAGCGGCCUUCAAGGUUCCCGAAGGAUGGGCAAUCUCUAAAGUUGACAAGCUCGAAGACGGCGAGGUGCCUGAGGCGGAGAUCGAAAGCGGUAGCGUGACCGCUGGUCGAGAAUGUCUCGCCUUGGAUUGCGAGAUGUGCAUGACAGGAGAGAACGAAUACUCACUUACCCGCAUCAGCGUCAUAUCUUGGUCGGGCGAGCUCAUCAUGGACGAACUGGUGAAGCCAGAAAAGCCCAUUAUCGACUACGUCACCCGAUUUUCCGGCAUCACCGAGGAGAUGCUGAAGCCAGUCACGACCACCUUGAAGGAUAUCCAACAGAAGUUGGUUGAGCUCGUCACUCCGCGGACGAUCCUGAUUGGACACUCGCUCGAGUCUGACUUGAAGGCCCUGCGAUUCUCACACCCUUUCAUUGUCGAUACCUCAUUAAUCUACCCCCAUCCUAGAGGGCCCCCUCUGAAGGCGUCAUUGAAGUGGCUUACUCAGAAGUAUGUCAACCGCGAAAUCCAAAAAGGUGGUGCCAAUGGACACAAUCCCAUCGAAGACUCCCGCGCCUGCCUUGAUCUCGUCAGACAAAAGUGCGAAAAGGGCAAGUUGUGGGGCGCGUCCGAUUCUCAAGGCGAGAACUUAUUCCGGCGGCUAGCAAGAGCCGGGACCGCUUACAAGGCACAGGGCGGAGAUGCAGGCGGCUUGGUUACCGGAAAGACAAGCGCUGCUGUAGAUUGGGGCGAGCCGUCUAAGGGCCCGGGUGCUGGAGCAACCUAUCAAAUAGGCUGCAAGUCCGAUGCGGACGUUGUCAACGGCGUCAUCCGUGCUGUGAAGGGAGAUCCUGAUGGACUGGAGAUCCCCGGUGGUGGUGUCGACUUCGUUUGGGGUCGGAUGCGAGAGCUCGAGGCGUUGCAAGGGUGGUGGAACAAGAAUCGGGUCGAAAGUGCCAGCAGCGACGGCGGCCCUCCUCCUUUGGACAAGACUCAGUUCCAAGGAAAGCUCGGCGGAUCACCUCUUGAACAGUGCUUGGCCCGUCUGUCAGUCUCUCUUCAAGCUAUCCACGAGAGCCUUCCGCCCUGCACGGCUUUCAUUGUGUACACUGGCUCUGGGGAUCCUCGCGAGAUGAGCAGGCUUCAGGCCAUACACACGCAGUGGAAGAGAGAGUAUAACACCCCCGGAAAGAAGUGGGAUCAACUGUCCGUCAAAUGGACGGAUGAGGAGGAGCAGGCUCUCCGACGCGCUGUUAUUAAGGCUCAGCCACUGCGCCUCUUGCAAAACAAGAACGCCACAUGGCUUUCUAUAGAUCUAUCUGGAGGAUUGAACAUGGUCCGCAGACGGAGGACUCACGAACGAGCAUUCGUACAUGAUACCCAUAGCUUAGGUUAUGACAUAGAAAACUACGGGCAGCUGAGAGAAAAUGGUGCCUUGUUAUUCGAUGAAGAGCCGGCUAUCUACAUCGCGGUUGUCGGAUUAAAUUGCCUAAAGAGGAGCAUAAAGAUGUUGAAGCCCAGCAGUGACAUGUUUCUUGUACACCCAUGCGCCACUCACAUGCGCGGUUCGGAGUCCAGAGCUCCAAACGAACUGGGGUCAGCGCUCACCCCACUGUCGUUUUCUCUCACCUUUGAUGACCUGAUUGGUUACCCCGCCUCCGGCUGCGGAGAAAGAUAUCAACCGUGUGCCGCGCCUCAGCCCCCCGCCGGCCUGCCUCGGUAUCUUCUCGGAGACGCAGCCGCUCGAGGUUGGCUGAAUUACAAACCAGUCACAUCCCACCUGUCUACCAACUCAAGCCCAACCAACUUUUACCCGAGCUCUCUAGAAAUUGACCUUUCCCAAGCUUCUAGUAAGCCCGGCUUCCUACCCUUCACAAUGUCAUUUAUGGGUGGCGCAGAAUGCUCGACCUCCGGCAACCCCCUCAGCCAAUUCCAAAAGCAUGUCCAAGAUGACAAGACUCUUCAGAGAGACAGACUGGUGCAAAGGGGCCCUAAUGCGCUUGCCGGUGGCUUCCGAAGCGCCGGCGCAAGCACCCCGCAGGAUGAGAUGAUGAACGGUUUCCUUAACAAAGCCCCAGGUCUCCAGCAAGAGCUCCCCAUGCAAAACGGCGCUGUCCGAAUCGAUCCGAACCAGGGAGUCCACCUCCGCGCGAACUCAACAUCACCGACGUGGGCUGGUGACUUCCAGAACCAAGCCGCCAUGGAGUCGGCAUUCCAACAGCCCCCCGGAACCCAGUUCAGCCCCGAAGAUUUUGCGCGCUUCAGACAGAUGAACCAGCAGCCUUCAUCGGCGAGGGCAAGUCCCAUGCCGGGCCAAAUGGCUCAACAGCCAAGAAUGGGCAUGGGUAUGGGUAUGGGUAUGGGUAUGGGCAUGGGAAUGGGAUACAACAGCAUGAUGGGCCAGCCCACGUUUCAACCCAUGUACCAGCAACCGAUGCAACAACAACAAGAGGACGCCAAGGGAAAGGGAAAGCUAGUAGAGCUUGACGACAACAAGUGGGAGGAACAGUUCGCCCAGAUGGAGUUGCAGGAGAAGGAGGAGCAAGAGGCUAAGGCUGCGGAGCCUGAACUGGACGAAAUGGACAGGGCAAUGCAGAGUGAGACAGGUUUUGGCGACUUCGAAUCAAUAUGGAAAGGAAUCCAGGCUGAAACUGCUGCAGCAAGAGGCAUGGUCGACGAUUCGACUUUCGACAAAUUCGACAGCGAGGACUGGGGUCCAGAUUUCACCGGCAUGAACGGCGACUGGGGCAGACUCGGCGAUCCCGUCAUCGAGAACUAUCUCUUUGAAGAGGACAAUUUUUUCAGCGAGGAGAAGAACGCAUUCGAGGAGGGUGUCCGCAUCAUGCGCGAGGGGGGAAACCUCUCACUAGCGGCUCUCGCGUUCGAAGCUGCAGUCCAGCAAAACCCGCAGCAUACCGAGGCGUGGGUGUACCUUGGCUCGGCGCAGGCACAAAACGAGAAGGAGACGGCGGCUAUUCGCGCGCUUGAGCAGGCACUCAAGCAAGAUCCCAACAACCUCGCCGCCCUCAUGGGCCUGGCUGUCUCGUAUACCAACGAGGGCUACGACAGCACUGCCUACCGCACACUCGAGCGGUGGCUUUCCGUCAAAUACCCGCAGAUUAUCGCACCGACUGACUUGCAUCCCAUGGCGGAGAUGGGCUUCACUGACCGGCAGCAACUGCAUGACAAGGUUACCGGACUGUUCAUCAAGGCGGCACAGCUCAGCCCGGACGGCGAACACAUGGACCCCGACGUUCAGGUUGGUCUGGGCGUCCUCUUCUACGGCGCCGAGGAGUACGACAAGGCCGUCGACUGCUUCACGGCCGCCCUCCACUCCUCGGAACUCGGGGCUUCGAACCAGCAGGAACAGCUGCACCUGCUCUGGAACCGUCUGGGCGCCACCCUCGCCAACUCGGGCCGCUCCGAGGAGGCCAUCGCGGCGUACGAGAAGGCGCUGAGCAUCCACCCCAACUUUGUCCGCGCGCGUUACAACCUGGGUGUCAGCUGCAUCAACAUCGGGUGCCACGCCGAGGCGGCCUCGCACUUCCUCGCCGCGCUGAACAUGCAUAAGGCCAUCGAGAAGAGCGGCCGCAACAUGGCGUACGAGAUUUUAGGCGGUGGCGAGGGCUCCAGGGGCGGCGCCAACACGGCGCAGCUCGACGAGCAGAUUGACCGCAUGACGGCGCAGAACCGGAGCACGACCCUGUACGAUACCCUGAGGAGAGUGUUUACCCAGAUGGGUCGCCGGGAUCUGGCCGAGAAGACAGUUGCGGGUGUAGAUCCCGAGAUCUUUAGGGGCGAGUUCGACUUUUAG